AUGGGAAUGGAAGAGCACACAGCGCUGGACUGCUUAGUUCGGUGGAGCACAGAGUCCGCGCGGACCUCAGCGCUACUGGCGGCGGUAAGUGCUGUGGAGCGUGGCAACUGCGAAGGAGCUUCAGCCGUGGUGGCGCGUCUCUGCGCCCGUGGCACGCGACUUCAAAAGGAUCGACGCGACGCCUCGGGCAAUACCGCCCUCAUGCUUGCCGUACGCAGCAACAACCUUGGGAUCACUCGUCUUCUCCUCCUCCUUCGACCUGACCUCUGUUCUCUACAUGCGCGCAACAAGGUGAUCUCGUUCCGCCAUGCUCCUUCCCAGUACUGUUGUAGGGACUUUGGUUAA